AUGGAUGCGACAACGGCGCUGGAAGAGCCAUUGGACCUAGAAGCGGAACGUAUUCACGAUGGGCUCGCGGACGCCGGUCGACCCGGCUGGGAGGAGGUGUGCAUGCACAAUUGUUUUCUUGUCCGUGUCGGGUCGGGUCUUCGUCCAAGGGUCUCCAAGGAUGAAUGCGAGGCGGUUUCCCGCCUCAGGAUAGGCGAAGAGCCGCGCAAGAGUUGUAACUUCGGUGGUAGAGGCAGGCGUGUCAGCCUUAAGCUUCACCAUCCCAACUGGGAUGGACUGGUACAGUAUGUCGACGUUGGCUUUAAGUGCGACAGCUUCACUCUAAACCCCCCUCUUUCGGGAGAACAGUUUCCACGCUCGAUUUGGUCCGACCGGCCUUGUGCAUUCAUUGAGUACACCCAGGGUCUUCGGCUAAGUCCUACAUCGCGCGUGUCAAAGAAAGGCGUUGUAGUAUCGCCGAUGCACCCGAUCCGAUUCGUCGUUGUUGAGCUCAUGGUUGUUGCCGGGGUCGAUCUCCCGGCUGAGGAGACUUGGUGCAAAAUCGCCAAUUCUGGCCCGCCAGGGUAUUAUUCUGGCUCCCGUGAUGAGAGUCAAAGGGAAGAUGCAGCGGGAAGGAGACGAGACGAGCAAGAGCGGGACAGGAAUAUGGGGAGGGCACGAGAGUACAUAAAGGCUCGGGCGCUCAGGACUGUAGGUGUUCCCGUUUCUCUUCCUGCUUGCGCUGGUUCUGACAUGGAAUGCAGGGGCGGAGAAUGCGGACUCGCAUGGCUCUGUGUGCUGAGAAGCGAAGAGAUACCUGCUGGUGAAGAUUUGUAA